AUGCUGGCCUUCUCCGCAGCAGCAGCCGCUCGCGGCGGUAGAAAGGCCGUAGCUGCGUCUUUUGCCCAGUUGCAGCAAGUUAGAAAUGCUUCAAAAGAUAUACGCUUUGGUUCAGACGCUCGGAUGCAGAUGUUGGCGGGUUGCAAUCGUUUGGCGGACGCAGUAGGUGUAACGUUGGGGCCAAAAGGGCGUAAUGUGGUGAUAGCGCAGCCGUUUGGCUCUCCCAAGAUAACUAAGGACGGUGUGACGGUUGCGAAGGCGAUCGAAUUGGCAAACAAGACCGAAAACCUUGGGGCCCAGCUGCUAAAACAAGUGGCAGCCACUACAAAUGACAUUGCUGGUGAUGGCACAACUACCGCUACAAUCUUGGGCCGGGCUAUCUUCAAAGAGGGGUGCAAGGCAAUCGACGCUGGCAUGAACCCGAUGGACGUUCUCCGAGGCAUUCAUCUAGCUGUUGAGCACGUGCUGUCGGCGCUGUCUGCCUCUCGCAAGGAGAUUUCUACAACGGAGGAGAUCGUCUCAGUAGCAACGAUUAGCGCCAAUGGUGAUGCUCAGGUUGGCGCUUUGAUUGGGGAGGCUAUGAAAAAGGUAGGCCGCGAGGGAACGAUAACCGUCUCGGAGGGGAAGGCUCUGCAGCACGCGCUGGAGGUGGUGGAGGGUUUGCGGUUUGACCGAGGGUAUCUCAGCCCUUAUUUCAUAACGAACGCAAAGGAACAGAAAGUUGAACUGGACUCUCCAUACGUCCUUUUGGUGGACAAGCGCCUGUCUCAAAUACAACAACUCCUCCCGGCUCUCGAGUUCGUCUUGCAGAACCAGGCCGCCCUCCUCAUUGUUGCGGAGGAUGUUGAGAGUGAGGCCCUUGCUACGUUGGUGGUGAAUAAACUGCGCCUUGGCCUUCGCGUCUGUGCAGUUAAGGCACCCGGCUUUGGAGACGGCCGCAAAGCGCAGCUCUACGACCUGGCCACCCUCACGGGGGGCAAGGUGCUCAGCGACGACACGCCAUCCAUUGGGGAUGAAAAGGCAGAUAUCGUGGGCAUGCUUGGCCGCGCGAAGAGUGUGGUGGUGACGAAGGACUCGACGCUGAUGAUGGAGGGCAAUGGGUCAAAGCAAGACAUCGCCGAGCGGUGUGACCAGCUCAGGAGCCUCAUAAAGCAGACGAGCUCAGAAUAUGAAAAGGAGAAGCUCCAGGAGCGACUUUCAAGGUUAUCUGGGGGGGUAGCAGUAAUUAAGGUUGGGGGCGCAUCUGAAGUGGCAGUGGGCGAGGCGAAAGACAGGAUUCAAGAUGCCCUUUGCGCUACACGAGCUGCCGUUGAGGAGGGCAUCGUCCCAGGAGGUGGCGUUGCUCUUCUCUAUGCUUCGCAGGUGGACAACGCAGAGCAGCGAAUGGGCGUGGAGAUUGUUGAGAAGGCGUGCCAGGUGCCUUGCAAACUCAUUGCGGAUAAUGCAGGACACGAGGGGGCGGUGGUUGUUGGAAAUUUGCUGCGCCUGAAGGACCAGAAGAUGGGCUUCAAUGCACAGACAGGCUGCUACGUCAAUAUGGUCGAAGCAGGCAUCAUAGACCCCACCAAAGUCGUCAAAACUGCCUUGAGCGACGCCUCUUCAGUAGCCUCCCUUAUGGCAACAACGGAAGCCUCUAUAGUGGACGCUCCGGAGAAGUCCCCGCAGCAGGCAGAUGGCAUGGGGGCCCCAGGUGGCGGCAUGCCGAUGGGAGGAAUGUUCUAA